AACAGAAAAGAAAAAAAGAACCCUCCUAUCGAGUUCUGUGAGAUCUGCUCCAAGAAAAAGAAAAAGAAAAAGAAAAAAAAAAACUAAAAACUGGUGAGGAAGAAGAGGUGAAUCGAGUCGUAUGCUUACGUGGUGUGGUGAUACCAAAAUAUUUAUUUUAUUGAGCGGUUUCUAAUAACCUGUUUGGUUUCUCUGUUGUUCCAUUUCGGGGCCAAAGGAAAAAAAAAAUGAGGAUUCGGAAGAACACGAAGCUGGCAUCGGCUCUUUUAGGUUACGGCGGAGAGAGACCGGAGACGUAUGUUUGUCACUUAAACCAGUCUCCAUGGGAUGUGAUUCCGGUCACUUCCUCUGGCGAUUGCGAGUUAACUAACCUGCUCGACUCGUCGUGGUUCCUCCCUCUAUCGUCUUCCUCUUCUUCUUCUUCUUCUUCUUCUUCUAUUCCGCCUCUCUUUCACCACCAGUUCAAUGGAGAAGACAAUAACUUCAAUGCGGAUGUGAGUUUGGGAGAUUGUAAUGGCGCUGCUGUUAGAUUUAAUAACUCCAUGGGAGAUAGUCACAACCUUGUCUCCGUCGAGAAACUUAAUCUCAAUGCGGCGGAGGAUAAGUACGAGCUAUCUCCGGACGCUGAUGAACCAAUGGAUCAGAGCGAUAGUAGCAGUGACAAGAAAUCCGAAGCUCUCCUCGAGCCUAAAUCGCCGGUCAAAACCUCCGACGACGAGGGCCAAGUGGGUGUUGUUACAAUUCCGGCGCCGCCUAAACGCGGACGGCCACGUGGUACGGGCAAGAAAGCUCUAGCUUCCGCUGCCGCAUCGAAGAAUCCGUACGAGUUUUACUAUUACUCUGGUUUCGGGCCACGGUGGGGGAGAAAAAGAGGCGGCUCCGAUGACGAGAAGUUAGGUUUGGGCGAUAAUAAUAAAAAGAGCAGAAGUAGUACCAGUAGCAGUAGCAACGAAGAGGGUGAUAAAACGGCGGCGUUUGGAAGUGGGAGCGUUAGCUUUGACGGGUUUGAUUAUGUGGAAGAGGAUUAUGUCGACGUGAUGGAUGAAGAUGAGGAGAGCGAUCAUGGGAAGAAGCAAAAGAAAGACAAGAUGAUAAUGAUGAAGAAGACGAUCAAGAGAGGAAGGAAGCCCGUUAAGGAAAGGUCUUUGAAAUCCCUCAUGUGAAAUAUUUUAUGUUUUCUGAGGGCAUUUCUGUCCUUUUAUGUUUUUUUUUUUUAAUUGUCUGUUUUUUUCUCAUUUCGUGGGUUCGAUGAGGGACUUUGUCUAUUUUCUACCUUUAUGUUGUAUUUGGUUA